AUGUACGGAACAGACGAUGAGUUUGAAGCUUCAAACAAUUUGUUGCUGCAGACAGACGACGAAUUUGAGAAUGGCGAUACAGUGUCAGAAGAGAACCAUUUAGAUUGUGAUGUUUUGCUGCAGACUGAUUCAGAGACUGAACCAGUAUUGCUCUUCUUUUGGCUGAUUUACACCAGUGCCGCGGAGAUCCUGCCCAUCAAGCUACAAAUGCCAGUUGACUUGAACGACACUCAUCAUACAGAUGGGGAUCCAGAUUUUGAAGAGCGAUAUGCCAGCAACUUCAUGCGACAGUUGCCGCUUGGACUUCAUGUCCAAGCGGACAACUGUCCACGAGAGGGCAAAAACACUUAUGUCUUUACCUACCUACUGGCAUUGGUGAUACAGGGUUCCUUCAAAUAUUGCACCAUGGCCUUCUUGCGCACAGCUCAUUCACACGAAGAUGUGGAUCAGUGUUUUGGGCAACUCGCCCGCUUGAUACAAGGGAAGAGUUUUGACAGUCCCUCGGACCUGAUCGAAUUGAUCAAUCGCUCAGCUGGACGAAACCCUGACAGGGCAACUGCUCGCAUACAAGGGAGCUCAGCGGAAGCGUGCAAACUAGAUCAGGUGGCAUGCUGGAAAGAGUGGGUUGCCCAGUGCGGCAUCAAAGUCAUGGGCAUGCGCAGGGUCCACUACCUGCGAAUUUGUUUGAGACAAGAUAUUGGAGCAGAAACAUUGAAUAAUGUUGCUGAAGUUGAAGAUUUCCCGCGUGGCUGUGGAGCUGCACCUGACCCGAACGACAUCUUCCUAGUCACCAAACGUUGGCUUCAUGAUGUGCCAGUUCAGCGAGUGAUUGGACUCGUGACAGCAUUUCAAGCAAAACAAAUGAGAGUAGGCAUGGCUCCGCCAGCAGGGAUAGCGCCCCACAGGUCCAUUUCCUCCCAGGUCACCAAGAAUUUGAAAACGAUGGUUCCCAAAUGCCGACGGUUGGGCGAACUCUCGGAAAAAGCAGCACGCUACUUGCUGGAUUGGGUCUCUGGAACCCUUCGCCAGCAUCCACGGCCUGAUUCAUACCAGAUUCUCAGGCACAGAUAUGAUCCAGACUUGCGCCGCGAGGAGCGCAACCCAGGGACGUGGCAGGUGCCUCGACGUUUCAAGAGAUUUGAUGUGACUCUUCAGCGUUUGCCUGAGGGGGAUUCCGCGAGUGAUGAGGAUGAGGAUGGGGAUGAGGGGGAGGUAUGUUUCACCACCUUGCAUAUAGGAGAUUACCCGGUGGACGAGGAGGUGAACGAGGAGGUGAACGAGGUGGGCAAUUUUGUGGAUGCCUUCUUUCAGAUGGACCAUUUCCAGGGCCUUCGCACAAAGUUGGCAUCAAGACUCUCCAAAGUCGACAAUUUGAAGGACGUGCAGGACUUGUCAGGUGAUCACGCAGAGACUGCUUCGGGUGAGCAUCGCAGAAUUCCCAAGGUGAAAGUGGACAAGCGCCUCAAGCAGCUCCGCCCUUUGGCGAUGUCGUGCAGUGAACGGGAGCUGUCGAUUCUCGCUUGCUCCAUCGAAGAGAUCUUUCAAUCGAAGGAGGUUGAUGCCAUGGCACAAACACUAUCUGUGCAGGAGAUGGCGUGCCUGCAGGGAGUUGGAGGCACUGAUUGGGAGAAGUACAAGAUGUCGAAAGUGCCAGACCGGAAGAUGAGAGACUUCAUUGGAAACUCGAAUGGAUCGUUGAAGUGUAUCAAGCUCGCCAUGGGCUACCUGAAGACCAGAAGCGUGAGUGGCCGUUUGCAGAGGGGGGGAGAAUUUCUGGGCGUGCGCUUGGAGAGUUUGGAAGAGGAUGUUGACAACCCUUACCACGAAGCUCAGUUUGAAUUCGACGACGGCGGAAUGCGGGGACUUGCAGCAGCCGUUGUUUGGAUUGGGCUGGUCUACAGGUGUUCAAGGGAACCACCAGACCUGCUUUCUCAGCCAGCUGUGAAGGAGCUGAUUCAGUCCAUGCUGAACUUGCCAUCACUCAGGAAGAACCAAGCAGAAGACCGUCAAAUGGCUAUGAUCCAGCGGAUCAUCAAGCAAAACGUUGAUGCCAAGAAGAUGGCGGUCAGUUCAUACGAGUGGGCGAUGAUUUUGCGAUCCUUCCAGAAACAGUCUGGCAAUGAGAGCCUGAAGGCAGCGGAUUGCAUCAAGAUCUACAACGAUACACCUGAAGUUGUGUCACACGGUUCUGCUUCAGACAAGUCAGGCAGCGGUUCCUUGAUGAUAGACGGAAAGAAAAGCUGGGCAAUCAAACACUGGUAUGAGGCCACGGGCCCCGAGGCUUUGGAGGAGGUCUCCAUUGCAUUGAAAGAUGCUCCCUUUCAGCACGGCCCUUGGGGCGAGCCAUUGUCGAUGAUGCGCCUGCUGUUUGUGGGCAGUGCUGCGAAUUUGUCAGCAUCACCAGAAUCAGAGGCCAUGCCAGCCCUGGAAGAGGCUUCGAUCACGAUUGAUUGGAGUUUGACUCUCACAGAGGCAGCUCAGGGUAUGCUGUUUCGCCGGGUUCGUUUGCAGUUUGAUCGGGCGACCGCCAUUGUGGAUGAGGUUAGCGACCGGAAGAAAUACCGCAUGUCCGAAGACGACCUCACUACACUUCGCAACAUCAUGGCACUUUGGGAUCAGAUUCAAGUCUUUUGCUCUACCCGCGUUCCAGGAUUUGACCAGCUAGAUGCUGCUCUCCGCAACAACAGCCACAGGGACUCAGACAUUCGUGAGCUUCUUGAUGAACGUCCUCAAGUCUUUGCGGUUAGUAUGCUGGCAAGUGCCAGAGAAGCUGCAAUGAAGGAACUCAAGAAGCAAGAAGAAGUCGCUACGCUUGAAGUUGAACAGCAGAAGAUUGAAGUCAGAGAGGCACGAUGGAAAUUCUUCACCUGUGCCUUGGAGAAGGAUCAAAACACCCUGCUGCAGAUUGAUGCGGCACCCAGCAAGUUAGAAGCUGUUCGACACAGAAAGGCCAUGGCCUGGAAGAUGGAACAGGCCAAGAAUGGUGAAAAAAUCAUCAAGUCUUACCUGAACAAGUUCCUCCGCUCGGAGAUUGUGGAGAAGGUGGAGCAUGCGCAACAGCUCGUGAACGAGUACAGGACCUUCGUAGCUGGGGCAAAUGAAGUCUCAGAAUCCACUGUGCACAUCCUUGCUGUGGCCGAUCUCAAUGUGCCAUGGGCGAAGGCCAAGGAGCACCUCAGUGAACUUUGUUCUGCCAUUCAGUUCACCAACGAUCUGAAUCCUUGCAAGCAUGCAGCUCUGAUCGAGCUUCCAGAGAUUGCAAAGAAGACCAGCAAACGUGGCUUGUGCGAUGAAGAGACGGAGGUCCAGAACGAGUGCUGGUCCCUUCGUCAGGUCUGUGAUUCCAGAUGGAUGUGUCCGUUUGAUGUCCAUCCUUCGGCAGAGCAUCAGACUGGGCGCAAGCGAUUCAACCAGGGGCGAUUUGUUACCAACAAAGAGGGAGCUGAGACCAAUGCUUGGACCAACUUCUCGGAGCUUGGAGUCUGCGGCCGGCCACUCGGAGAUCAAAAGAUCUUCAUGCCUUUGUCAAAGGACCUGCUCUUGCCAGAGUCGCUAUCAGCAGAGGAAGAUCUGCGAUUUGCAGAGCGCCAAAGACCAAGCCCUGAGACCGUGGCUGCCCAAAAGGGCAAAGACCGCUGGAUGACUUUGCUCCGCAGUGCUUUGACGAUGGUUGGCAACUAUGACAUGACCAACACCCCGGUCAUCAUCCUGAAUUUCACAAGCUAUGUAGAGGAUGCUUUUGCUUUGCGCCUUGCCGAUGAGCGGCUGAAGGGAGGAUUUGAGACAAAGAACCUGUUCUACCUGUCGGUGACCUGGCUCUCCCAAGACACCUUUGGGGGAGCCCGCCUCCUUCGAGAGGUGGCCGAUGCCUGGAUCCAGCAAAAGUUCAGUCAUGCUGGCCAGAAAUAUACCAACGAGGUUCCAGAGCUGACGGAUUGUGAGAUCAAUGCCAUCCCAGGUGCACGCACCAGGCUCUCAGGCUUGGAUGCUGUUGAGUUCACGGUUCUUGAGCGAGUGGGCGACCGCUUUCAGAUCAAAAGUGACGAACACCGCUACUGGACCAGCCAAGGAGGCAAAUUUGCAGAGAGCUACGAGUCUCUCCGGGCCGAGCAUGAAGAGAUUCUGAGUGUGCAACGUCUUGGGCUCGGACCAUCAGCCAGACAAGAGAGGGAGGAAGCGGCUGCAGAGACUGCAGAGCCAUCCACAAACAGUGGAGCGACCUGCGAAGUCUUGGAUAGUUUGGAUGCUCUCAAAAGCCAGUAUGGUGUACAAGCAGAGGUGGUCAGUGAAGUUGCUGGCAUCAACAUCCUUGUUGCAAAAGAUGCCUCGAUUUGGCUAUUGAGCACCAAAGAGAAGAAGCAUGUGCCCAAGUACAGUCUGCUGGGCGGCUAUGGAACCGGGCAAUAUGUGGCUUCCAGCGAUGCAGGUGAAGGAGUCGACUUCAACGUGACUUCAGAUUCCACAACCGUGCAGUUGGAUAUGAGUUCCUUUCGGGCUGAAGGCAGUGGAGUUUCCACCAUGACGAUGUACAAGAUGCUUCUGCUUGCAGAGCGGGAGCACAACAUGACCACUCAUACAGUGACAUGGCUCAAAGUACAACGUAAGGAUCAAGUUGAAGCAGGGACAGACGGGUUUGACAUCUCAGUCAAGACACCAAUGAAAUUCAAGUGCCUGUCUGACCCAAGAGCUUCUUCCGAGGGGCCCAAGACAACAUGUAAAAAUGUCUUUGCUCAAUGUUUGAAAUCAACCAGCACUGGCACUACCAUAGGCAAGUGCUUUCGCUUUAGGUAUGAGCGCAUCGGCGGCACAUUCAAAGUCCAGCGACCAUAUGUUGUUACUUUGGUUGCCCUGUGUUUGGAGCAUGGCAAGCCAAUGAAAGUAGCAAGCCUGUGA